CAUUACUCCGCGAUGGUGACUGCGGCAGGUUCUUGGAGGGAUCAAACUUUCUGGAUUUACCAAGCUCACCUUUGCGCUCAGGUGUCAAAGUAAAAGUCGUUCCUAUUCCUCUUUCGCGUUUCAGCCUCAUCUCACCCUCCGUGCUGUCCUUCGGUUCAGUGUAGUAUUACCUUAGGUUUUUAUUUUAGGGUCGUGUUCGUUCAGAUGACGGCGCAGGUAGACUACCUGGUGGUGGUUUUCACCGCCACAUCUGGAGCGAGCGGAGAGCUGCUGGGUUCUGACGAGAAGGACCUGGUCCAGUUGGUCUGGCAGCUGGUCAAUGUGAACACCAAAACGUUGGGCAGGGUGAAUGAGAUCCUCAUUAGGCCUGACCUCUCAGACUCCACAGAGGAAAAAUCAGACGAAGAUGUGGUGGUUGAGUGUAAGGAGGAGGAUGAGUCUUCCUCCGGAGCAGACUGCAUGUACACUGCAACAAGCCUUGACAGUGGUUUAAAUAUGUUCAAUCUGCAGCUGACAAACGAGGUGAACAGUGCGGGCGCGGGCACGUCGUUGUGUUUGUGUACAGACGGGCAGCUCCACAUCCGUCAAGUGAUUCACCCAGAAGCCGCCAGCAAGAACAUCCCGGUCCCAGACUGUUUCUUCUCUUUCUUUGACCUGCGGAAAGAGUUCAAGAACCACUCCGCCACCUCUGACCUCAAGGCUUUGAACGCACACGUCAUGGCUGAGUCUCUUAGCCUACCUGUUGAUGUGUCCUCCAUGUGGGAUCCCUCGGCCAAUCAGGAUCCUCUGCCUGUUCUCCCUGCAGAAGUAGCCGUGCAGCAGGUCCGGCUUAUGACCAGCAUUGUCCUCUCUCUGCUCUCUGAGCCAUACUGUCACAGUUUUUCCAACCCUGAGAGAAUAAAUGAGAGAUUUGAAAGUGGCACUUGCAGUAAGAUGGAGAAAGUGUGCGACAACACAGUGAUCAGAGCCAGAGGGUUGCCAUGGCAGUCUUCUGACCAGGACAUCGCUCGGUUCUUUAAAGGCCUCAACAUUGCCAAAGGGGGGGCCGCUCUGUGUCUCAACGCUCAGGGGAGGAGGAAUGGAGAAGCACUUGUUCGUUUUGUCAGUGAAGAGCACAGAGACUUGGCCUUGCAGAGGCACAAGCACCACAUGGGCAACAGAUACAUUGAGGUUUACAAGGCAACGGGAGAAGACUUCCUGAAGAUAGCAGGAGGCACCUCAAACGAGGUGGCAAUGUUCCUGUCCCGUGAGGACCAGAUCAUAGUGAGGAUGCGAGGGCUCCCCUUCAACGCCACGCACGACGACGUCCUCAGAUUUUUCUCACCAGAGGACGGCUCUAAAGAGACGUGUCCCAUCAGCGGCGGGAAGGACGGCAUCCUCUUCGUCCGCUACCCGGACGGACGGCCGACGGGAGACGCUUUCGUGUUAUUUGCCUGCGAGGAGCACGCUCAGUGCGCUCUGAGGAAACACAAGGAGCUCCUAGGGAAGAGAUACAUCGAGCUGUUCAAAAGCACGGCAGCGGAGGUGCAGCAGGUGUUGAACCGGUACUCCUCCGCCCCGCUGAUCCCCGUUGCCCCUGCCCCCCUGGUGUCAGUGCUGCCCGCGGUUUCUCUCCUGCCUCCUCCUGGCGGUGUGAGGGACUGCCUGAGGCUGAGGGGACUACCGUACACGGCGAGCAUCGAGGAUAUCCUCACCUUCCUGGGCGAGUUUACGCAAGAUGUCAGACAACAUGGUGUGCACAUGGUGCUCAACCAGCAGGGCCGUCCGUCGGGUGACUGCUUCAUCCAGAUGACUUCAGCAGAGCGGGCGCUGCAGGCCUCGCAACGACUCCACAAACACGUGAUGUCCAGCCAGCGUGGGGCGAACAGCCGCUACGUGGAAGUGUUUCCCUGCAGCACUGACGAGAUGGGCCUGGUGCUGAUGGGAGGCUCACUCUCACACACGCACACGCACACACACAACCGGAGCAGGAGUGGGACAGGGCUCAGCCCGCCGCCAUGUAAGUCCAGACGUUUAUCUCCUCCAUCGUACGCUUUCACUCCAGUUCAACAAAUCCUCCCCACGGACGCUGCUGCUGCAGCUGCAGCCGCUGCUGCCCUUUACCCUCCCAUGGGGCAGAUGUUGCUGGCUCCUCGCCCCCUGCAUCCCGGACAUCCUUAUUACCCCGCAUCAGCUCAGCUGUACAUGAACUACAGUGCUUACUACCCCAGUCCUCCUGGCUCGCCUACAACUCUGGGUUACUUCCCGGCCCAUUCCUCCAUGUCUUCCCCCGGAGGGUUGGUGCGGAUGCCUGGCCUGCCCUACAAUGGCAGCGGCGUUAAAGACCUCAUCAACGCUAUGCAAGGAUAUCAGUAUGCUCCAGAGGAUGCUCUCAUCCACGCUCACGGGGCCGUGCACGCUCACGACCCGGCUAGGACGUUGCUUACGCAGCCCAAAGAAUGGGGUCCUGUGGAGUCUGUUUCUCUGCUGAACAGCAGCCUCAUGGGUCAGACCGGCGCAGGAGAAACUCCUCUUAUGUCCCUUCCUCUCAUCACAAAACCCGGGGGCCACCAGUACCUGGAUCUGACCCUGCUGUAGCGUCGCACAAAAACAAAGUCAUGUGUAUGAGACAAUGACUUGUUAGUUUGUGUUUUUUGUUAAAUUGUCUUUUAGAAAUCUUAUUUAUAUUAUUAGGUUAAAAAAUUAAUGUAUUUUAUACCAAAUUUACUGCAGCCUUAGCCAAAAAUAGCAUUUUUUUAUAUAUAUAUUGCACAUUAUCUGUAUGUUUAAAAGCUUUAUAGAGAUUUUUUUAAACCUGUUAAGUUACUGUAAUCAUUUUACUUGCCAGCCAAACUAGAGGAGUAAUCUAGUAGCAACUGAGCUCAAUCUUUUCUCCAAGCUUUUCUGUGAAGAGUGAAAGUGGCUGUGUGAAAGAGAUGUGAAUGUGAACAUUAUGCAUGAAUAUUGUGUUUAUAUGCAUAUGGAGACAAGUAUGCAGUGAUUGUAUUGGAAGCCGUAGUGCAUGAAGAAGUACUGUAGUAAAACUUAAGAUGUUUACAUAACGCUAAAUACCAAUGCACUGCUAACAGAGAAAUAAAGAUGCAGUAUCUUCUGACGGAAAACGUUUGCUAAGGGUGGUUCAGAUCCACUAAACAACCAAAGCGGCAGAUUAACGGUGGGAUUUUCAGAUUCAGAAAACGAUUGAAGUGAAGCUUGCAAAACAAAAUCAAACAAACCUGGACGGCUCUCUGGUUGCAGCAUCAAGGAAACCUGCGAGUUUAAAUGCGAGACAUGCAAAUACAGAUCCAUCUCAAUAAAUAUGAAUAUUAUUUAAAAGGUCAUUUUUAUCAGAAGUUUGGUUCAAAACUUAUACAUCAUAUGGAUUCACUGUAAACGGUAACAUUUUUAAGUGUUUAAAGCCAAUGAAAACACAAAAUGCUUUUACAAAAAGUACAGAAAUAUUUUUAUGUCCUGCAGUUGAUAGUUUUCCAUCAGUAGCUGAGAGCCUCCACAAAGCGGAUUAGCCACAAACGAUCACUGCCAAACAAGAAGUCUUGUAUCAAGGCUUCUUGAAUUAAAGUUAAGUGGAAGAAAAAAGUGUGGUAAAAAAGGGAUACACAGCCAACAGAGCCAAUUUUCCCUCUUUGAAAAUUAUGAAGAAAAAUGAAUUAGAGAUUUUGGUGGGAUUCACAAUUCAUGGGCGAAACGCAGAAACAUGCAGGAUGUGGACUGGACGACAGCUGCCACAUUCAUUGUGUUUAGCCUGACUUGUCAGAAACAUGUUACCUGGGAGGAAGAGAAAGGAGCAAGUCAUUUUCCUCAAAUGAAAGGUAAAGAAGCUGAUUGCUCAGACUGCUGCAUCAUUCAAAAUGAAGGAAAACUUAGUGGAGGGAAAUACUGAGCUGGACAAGCAAGCAGAGUGACAUUUCUCUAUUUAAAACUUUAUUUUUGGUCUAAAUUUUGGGUUCUCAUUAAGCCAUUGUCAAACUGAUAAGAAAAAGACAUGAAAUAUGAGUUUCACCGUUUGACUGAAGUCCCUGAAUUUAAUUUCCAUUGGUGUUUUGUUUUAUUGAGAUGCACCUGUAUUGUUCUUACUCACUUCAGAGUUCAAUCUUCUGGACAACACAUCCUAUAUCCUGUUUCUGACAUCACUGUGGUUCAUUUUGUUUCAUGGACAUCCGAACCUUUAAUUUAUGCAGAAAUAAUUCUGUCUUGUGAAAACUCAAACACCAGUGUCUUUAUUAAAUCUGCCAUAGUUUUACCCACAACACAUCCCCCCUGUUAGGGAUCUGGACCAACAACAUUGUGAGUGUAUCUGACUCCAGCAUCAGACUCACAGAAAUGUGAUGUCUCUCGUCCUUUUCACUGUUUCUAUUUUUGUAGGUUAAUGCCAAACGCUGCUUUAGCCUCUUGGUUUCUGCUCCUUCAACAUUUGAUUCUGAGCGCUUUUACCCCAAAGUUUGCUUUCCUCCAGAUUAACUGACUCAAAUUAAUGAAUCUCAGGAGUUCAAUGAGGUCCCUGUUCGAUUUCAUUACCUCUUGUUCUUAUGAUCCAACGUGUCUUGUCUUCUCUUCGCCAUCUGCAGUGACGCUGUAGAAUAUGAUUGAACAAAACCUGUUCCCCGUUCUCUCUUUAAAUCAUUUGUAUACUUUUUAGAAACAUUGCUGACCGAAGGACAUGUUUGACAUGUGUCUUAUAAGUUUUGUCAUGUGUGCCAUGCAGAGUUAAUGUUUAGAAUCAAUAUUUUCUGUAUACAAUGUGUGCAAAAGCAGGAAGUCCUGCUGCAGACAUGCUGAAAAAAAAAAAACUAAACAAUAAACAUAAUGUUGUGAAUUU